GAUAUAAGAUUGGUGUUUUGGUACUGGCUCUUUGUAAUAUCAAAAGUGGUGGAACUUGGCGAUACCUUUUUCAUAAUAUUUCGCAAACAGAAGUUAAUAAAACUUCAUUGGAUUCAUCACUGCCUGACCCUAUGCUACAGUUGGUACGUCUACGCGGACAUCCCGGCCACUGCCCGAUGGAUGCGCUCAGAUUUCCAAUCCAUCCAAUGA